AUGCGGCAGACUCUAACGUGGAAGGGGAAGAGGGAGGAAGUCGGGUCAGCCCCCUGCGACGCAAGGAGUCAAGGGGAGAAGAGGUUUUGUUUCCAUCUAGCACCUGGCCCAAACGAGCAUAACAGGCCAGCUCUAGGAAUAGGAAGGUGGAUCCAGGAACUGGUGGGGGAGCACAAAAGUUAUAACCAACUAAGCAAGGGCUUUAGAGAAGGAAGCAUAAAGACGAAGAAUGGAAACCAGGAACUAACUUGGGAGGAUCUUUUGAAUAGUGUGAUAAAAGAGUGUCUCAAGGCAACCAAAGAUAAGAAAAAUGAUGGAACAGAAGAUAAGUAUCUGACGAGGGGAGAAAGAGGACUCUGGGCAGCAUAUAUAAACGGCCAACACGUGCAGUGUAAUAGCAGUAGCGACUGUCAACCACUGCUCUAUUUGAUUGGGUGCGUAAUAUACUGGCUCUGGGCAGAUCAAGGUCAGCUAAUAAACAACCAAGAAACGAUAUGGGCAGGAUGUAACAGAUUACGGAAGAGGCUAAUAGGAGAAGAAAUAGAGGGACGAUUCAGAUUGGAGAACAACUGGGCAGUGAUAAAGAAUUAUGGAGGCUCCUGUGGAGCGGACGAUAACUUCAAGAACUGUCAAUUAGAGGCCCUGAGUCUGGUAAUAGAUGUCUUUGGAGCCCUUAGGAGCUUAUGUCCCAGCUGUCCUUAUCAAGGAAUAAAUAAUUUCUUGACAGGAAUGAGAUCCCCAGGCCCAAAGCAGCGCCUAUAUUGCGAGCCCUGGGGACGAAGGCCCGACAGGUGUGUGAUAGGACCAACCAAAGGAACGCAGGGGUUGACGUUACUCGAUGGGGAAGAAUUCCAGCAGCCUGAACUCGAGAACACUGAGGCAGCAGAGGCCCAGGGGGAAGGGGAGGGACGGCAGGGAAUAGAUGGGGCCGCCGGCGUCGGAGAUUCAGGCAAAACCCCAGAACAGGACAAAGAACAAGCCUCUCAUGCAACAGUUGAGACGGCUUUAGCCAAUGGAAGCCAAGUGACGCAGCCAAAUAAGAACGAGAAGCCGGAACAACAGGAGCCGGAGAAUCUGGACGAAGAAUCUAGAGCAACAACACAGGAGGGACUACCAGGACAAAGCGGGUCAACUUCAAUUACCGGACAAUCCCGGAUGGAGAGUCUCCCGGCUAAACCCGCCUCACCAGGACAACACCUCACGCCAUUCAAGGAGGAGGAAAGAAGCAGGAGUCUCCAGGGGGGAGGAGUUGCCUCGGGUCAGGAGAAGAAGGAGGAGAACAAUGGAGACCAUAUGGGUGAUAAGAGUAAUAGCAGCGUGGCCGGCAUCGUAGGGGGCAGUUUAGUGACAACGGUGAUGUUACUGGCUUCAGGAUAUGGUUUGUAUCGGAUAUAUGGGAGAAGGAAAACAAGAAGAGGGCCCCAACUCCAAAGUAGGGCAGGAGGCCGAAUCAGGUAUCAAUUUCAGGACUAA